AUGGCACAGUCUAGUGGCAACACUUUGGUUCAGUGGCUGGUAGCAGCACUUCUUAUUUCCUUGUUGAGUGGUGCCAAACCUUUUCAGAUAUGUAACAUAGACUCAAAUCAGCUAAAAUUAUGUCGUGCAGCAGUUAGUGGUCAAAACCCGCCACCACCAGAUGAAAAAUGUUGUGCAGUUAUUCGCCAGGCCAAUUUGCCGUGCCUUUGCGGAUACAAGUCCAUCCUCCCUUCAAUUGGAAUAAACCCCAAAAAUGCUUUGGCUUUGCCUGGUAAAUGUGGUAUGAAAAACCCUCCUAAUUGUUGA